AUGUCGUCCAGCAACGCUGAUGGAGACGCCUACGUCCAGGUGACACCAGACGACCAUAGCGCCUUCAUUAUUAUUGCGGUUCUGAUUGGCCUGAGCUGGUCCGUUCUUAUCAUUGGCAUCAGGGUGUAUCUCCGCUUGAAGCUGAAUCCCCCCUUUGGCUGGGACGAUGUAGCCGCCCUAUUCGGGACGAUCAUAGGGGCCGUGCAAACCGCCGUGGUUCUCCAAGCAGUACGAAAUGGGAUCGGCAAGAAAGAAGCUUUGCUCACGGAUGAUCAAGUCGAAUCGGGACUAAAGGGCAUCUACAUCGCCUGGCUCCUGUAUCCCGUCGUCGUCUGUUCGUCCAAGGUCUCGAUCUCCCUCCUCAUAGCGCGUCUCACCAGGACGAAGCUCCACCUAAAAGCGAGCCACCUUCUGACCGGAUUCAUCCUGCUCUGGGGGGUCAUCUCGCUGUUCCUGAUUGCCUUCCAAUGCAAACUCCCCAUGCCAUGGAACGUCGGGGCAGUGGACCAUUGUGGCAGCAUGUUUGCCCAAUGGGCGGCAGUCGAGGCUGGAAACAUCUUGAUUGAGCUGCUCCUUCCAUGCAUUGUCAUCCUAAUGGUGUGGGAUCUACGCGUGGCCUCAGCGACCAAAAUCACCGUGGUCAUGGUCUUUUCUCUCCAGUUGCUAGCAACGAUCCCCAUCAUUGUGCGCCUCGUAUUUCUCCAGCAAAGCACGACACAAGACAGCGCCGCCGACCCGACGUUCACAAUCACCGACACCGUCCUGGCUACCGAAGUGGCAAUGCACUUUUCCCUGAUGUCGGCCACCUUUCCGUGCCUUCGCAAGUUCCUCCAGGUAUUCGACUUAAACAUGGGCGCCACAACGCACAUGGACUGUGAGCCGGGCGGCACCUACUACAGUCGCUCUCGCUCAGCAGGCAGCUAUGCGCUCCAGUCGAUGGAGCGAGGUUCCCGGGUGCGCAAGGAGGAGUUGCCCGGUGCAAAGUCUCGGUUUAGCCCCAGAGGGCAAUGUCAGACCGUCACCACCGUAUCGGGGGGCUUGAGGGACGGGGUCAAUAAGCAGAAGUCGCAACGGAACAGUGCCGUUGACGAUGCCGAGAUGAGGAGUAUCGAUAGUGAUGGAAGUCAGAAUGCGAUUAUUCGGCGAACGCAGUGGGAAGUUAAGGUGGAGUGA